AUGUCUCUCUCGACGAUCGCGCGAUGUGGACGUGCGAACACCCUUUCGAAGCCUUGGCGCGCGCUCGAGGUCGUCUUCGCGCGCGGCGCGUCGUCGAGCGCGUCCGUGUCGUCGACGAGCGACGAGCGUGCUGUUUCGACGUCGACGCCUCGACGCGCGCGCGUCGAUCCGUCCACGCUUCCGAGAGCGACGAACGCGGGGGCGACGCACACGGCGGAGGAGUUGGAGCGCGCGAAGGCGGAAGCGGAGGCCCGAAACGCUGAGAAACGACGGGCGUUUCAUCGCGCGCGAGGCGUGGACGUGGAUGAAAUCGGCGGCCCGCGAGGACUAGAGCCCACGCGGUACGGCGACUGGGAGAGGGCUGGUAGGGUUUCGGAUUUUUAA